AUAUCGCCAAGUACCGCACAUUUUUCAUUCAUUGUUUUUUUUUUUUUUUUUUUUUUUUUUUUUUUUGUGUCUGCUCUACUUGCUUUCAGCGCAUUUCUCUUGACGCGUCUGGAGCUCAAACCACAACCACUGUAUUCACCUGUGCAUCCCACAUCGCGUCCCGCACCACCAAAAUGGCAGGCGGCAAGGGCAAGUCUUCGGGCGGCAAGAGCUCUGGUGGGAAGACAUCGGGCGAGGGGCCCAAAAAGCAACAAUCGCACUCUGCUCGCGCAGGACUUCAGUUCCCAUGUGGUCGUGUCAAGCGUUUUCUGAAGCAAAACACCCAGAACAAGAUGCGCGUUGGCGCCAAGGCUGCUGUAUACGUCACCGCCGUUCUGGAGUACUUGACCGCAGAGGUUUUGGAGCUCGCGGGUAACGCCGCAAAGGAUCUGAAGGUCAAGCGAAUCACUCCCCGUCACCUACAGCUUGCCAUUCGUGGCGACGAGGAGCUUGACACACUCAUCCGUGCCACAAUCGCUUUUGGUGGUGUACUGCCACACAUCAACCGGGCGCUACUGCUCAAAGUAGAACAGAAGAAGAAGAACAAGCAGAUCGAGGCCUAAGACACUGAGUGUCAGGAACGUGCGUGCUUUUUGUGGUUGUUCUUGUUGGCUGUUUUACACACUUGAUACUUGGGCUGGUUUGGGUUUUGGUCUCGUCCCUUUUUUUUCGGUCUUUUAUUCUCUCUCUUUCUAUUUUUAUGCUUUGGUCGGAAAGGAUGUUGUGGAAACCAUUCUUCCAUUGUUUGGUGUAUAAAGGGUAAUAGGCAGCCCGCGGCUGCCCUAGGGACUGUGAUACCGGUUAUGAAAGCAUGUGUGCUCCUCUCCAUAUCCUCUCUGCCAUUGAUGUGAACCGUUGGUUUCUAGCGAGUAUUGAAAUUUUACUCCCGCG